CGAUUUUACGUUAACUGGCUUGUAGUUUUUAUCCCGGUGGCUCAGAGGCUGCAGGGCGGUUCUCCCCCGUCCUCUCGGCUUCUUCCUGCGGCCGAGCGGCCUCCGAGGGCCCCGGGAGUCGGGCCUGGAGGUCUGCGUGGGCCCGCGGGGCGGGAUGGCUGCGGAGGAAGAGGACGAGGUGGAGUGGAUGGUGGAGAGCAUCGCGGGCUUCCUGCGGGGCCCAGACUGGUCGGUCCCCAUCUUGGACUUUGUGGAACAGAAAUGCGAAGUUUUUGAUGAUGAAGAAGAAAGCAAAUUGACCUAUACAGAGAUUCAUCAAGAAUAUAAAGAACUAGUUGAAAAGCUGUUGGAAAGUUACCUAAAAGAAAUUGGAAUUAAUGAAGACCAGUUUCAAGAAGCAUGCACUUCUCCUCUUGCAAAGACAAGGACAUCACAGGCCAUGUUGCAGCCCGUGUUGGCAGCAGAAGAUUUUACCAUCUUUAAAGCAAUGAUGGUCCAGAAAAACAUUGAAAUGCAGCUGCAAGCCAUUCGAAUCAUUCAAGAGAGAAAUGGAGUGUUACCUGAUUGCCUAACUGAUGGCUCUGAUGUGGUCAGUGAUCUUGAACAGGAAGAGAUGAAAAUCCUGAGGGAAGUUCUUAGAAAAUCAAAAGAGGAAUAUGACCAGGAAGAGGAAAGGAAGCGGAAAACCCAGUCAUCAGAGGCCAAAAUGGAAGAACCCUUAGUGUAUACCAACGAAGCUGCAAACGUGAGUAAUUUCCAAGGCGAUGGUGAAUGUUAUGUCCAACCACCCUCAGAAGUUAAAGUGCAUUUUGCUAAUCAGUCCAUUCAACCCUUGGCAAGAAAGAUGGAGCUGUUGCCUGAAACUUCCUCACCUUCACACAAAGGUCUGAAGAUGUCUGGUUUAGAACAUACAAGCAUUGAAAGACCGAUAGCAAAUUUGUCAGCACUUGGAACAGAAGAGCUAAGACAACGAGAACACUAUCUCAAGCAGAAGAGAGAUAAGUUGAUGUCCAUGAAAAAGGACCUAAGGACUAAGCAGAUCCAAAAUACAGAGCAGAAAGAAAAGCCUGCCAGGGAGGUAGAGGAGAUGACAGAGAAACCAGAAAUGACAGCAGAGGAGAAGCAAACAUUACUAAAGAGGCGAUUACUUGCAGAGAAACUUAAAGAAGAAGUUAUUAAUAAGUAAUAUAAAAAUUUAGUAAAACAGAAAGUUCAAAUUUUCUUAAAAAUAAAUUUAAUCCUUAAACCAA